AUGACUUCAACACCCAGCGAACGUACCCCAUUGUUGGGCGCGGAGCAACCGGCAUCUUCGGAAAGCCCGCCCAGUUUCAAAGACACACCGCCGGGUAACGGGGGAACGAAAUCAUGGAGCCAGCGUGUCGCCGCCUCUUUGCACUCUCUUCUUUUAGUGCACGUCGAAAAACGGAUUUUACUCGCUGGUUUUCUUAUUACGCUUUCGUUUAGCUUCACACAAGUUCCAAUCUUUUACGCUUUUCACUUGAUGGAAUGUGAUGUGUUUUACCAAACGCACCCACCCUUUGACGGCCCUGGCGAUCGAUGUAGCCGAAACGAAAUUGCCGCAGGGACGGCGACACAAUUCUCAAUCUUGGGUAUGAGCACCACAUUUUGUGGCACCAUCAACUUGUUCCUCGCGGGCUGGAUGACCAAGCGGUUCGGCCCGCGUGCCGCCCUCAUGAUUCAGACACUGGUUCCUGCAAUACGUGUUUCUACUCAAAUCCUAGGCGUGUUAGCAGGUGGCCAAGCGGGAAUCGUUAUUUUCCAGUGCACACAGCUCAUCACCAUUAUCGGAGGCCCAGUGGGAUACAUCCUCGUGGCCAACAUUAUUGCUGGUGAGGUGGUCGAGCCGUUACGCCGAACGGCCGUGUUUGGUAUGUUGCAAGGUUGUAUCAUGCUUGGGCAGGGCAUUGGCUAUCUAACUGGCGGCAUGAUUGGUGACGAAUGGGGUAUUCGUCGCCCCUUCGAGGUCGCGUUUUACUUUUUUCUCAUUUCCACCCUUUAUGUUCGCCUUGCCAUACCGUACAUAGCCGCAGACGCCCUGUCGGGAGCCACGAAGCCGAGUUCGAAAACUGUUUCUGGGUUCUUGUCCCCGCUACGCAUCCUCGCUCCUCAAAGGGUUCUACUUCGCACUGGACUCACGAGGAAACAUUACGGAGUCAUAUUUCUCUGCGCGGGGGUAUUUCUCGGUGUGUUGGCCACUGGCUAUGCACCGUUGUUGAUCCAAAUGUAUGCCACGGCGAAGUUUGAGUUCCAACAGGGCGACAAUGGGUGGCUCAUGUCCGGAUUUGCCUUUAUGCGUGCCACGUUCCUCAUCUUGAUUUUCCCCCGCAUCAUCAACAGUGGCCGGAAAUGGUACCUGGCCCGUGAGAAAAGGAGUGUGGCCGUCACCAAUGAGUCACCACCUUCGCCUUGCUUGGCAACAAAUCCGGAGGAAUUGGAGGCGCCCAUGGCAAGUUUGGCUGAGGAAGAGCCUAUCGCGGCGAGAGAAGUGAAAGAGGAUGAGGGCACCGCUUUUGACCUCUUCUUCUUGAGGAUCAGCUUGGUUGUUGAUGGGGUUUUGACCAUGUGUGCAGCAUUUGCUACUAAAAGCUGGCACAUUUAUUUGGCCGCCUGUUUACUCCCAUUUGCCUCUGGUACGGCUCCCGCAGCUAAGGGUGUCAUGACAGAGAUGUGUUCGCCAUCUAACAGAGCUGAUGCCUUGAACGCUCUGACGCUUGUCGAAAAUAUUGCGAGGUUGGCGACUCAGGGGCUUUUUGGAUUUGUCUUUGCUGGUCUUUCGGAGAUCGGAAAGUCUCAUUUGACUUUCUUUGUCAACGCGGGUAUUGCAUUUCUGGCCGGGAGUGUUUUACUUCUCUCCCAAUUUCCCCCAGAAGGAAGCAAGCUCGUUGAUCAAGAUAACGAAGGCGAGGAAGAUGAAAGGUGA